GGCGUCUACGAUCCAAUUUCAUGUGACAAUCAGACGAUUCAUAGUCGCACCUAUCUAUGUUGGCAGAUAUUGCCUGGAGUGGUCGCUUUCACAAUCCAUCUGCUAUUUAGCUUGAGAAAAAACAGCCAUGAACCUCCGAGAUCAGCUGCUAGCGUCCCUAUCAGAGCUACCUGGGACGCGUGAAUUCCACAUUCAUGUCCUUGUGUCCUCGUCUCGGAAGCGUACCGAUCUGUUUCCGUACGCACAACCUCGUCCUAGGGUGUAUCUUCAGGAUAUCCUUAUACUCCUCUCCGAGCAGACCACCCCAGACUCGCCUCGUGUCCUAGUCACCGCCAUCGAGGCGUCUCUCUACAACGUUCCCGCCACUUCGUGCGGGGUCUUGUAUAUUUCAAAGGUCGACUCCACCGGCCACGCUACGAGACCCUCUCCCACCGGCUCUCUCGUGCGCGGCUUCAUCGAAUACUUCUGCGACCCCACGACGAGGCCGAUUCGCGCUGAGCACUUCUGGGUUCAGCUCUUCGCGCGGGCGCAGGGCCAGUACCUCUUCCCAAACUCUGCGGGCUUCGCGGGCAAAACGCCUCUGGGCGGCAUACAGCUCUGCGCGUGGUGGAAACGCAUGCUAUCCGGCGUGGCCACAGACCUGGCCGCGCGGGAAAAGGAACGUAUGAACAUCAAACUCUACUAUGUGCUACCCGGGCUCAGCGAGCUUGAAGCAAUACAGUCUCUGAAGUCACCUGGCGCAAUGAGCUCUAUUACCAAUUCUACCGAUUUGGUCUGGACAUACGGUCACCCGUACUCCCAGACUGAAAUCCCUCUUCCGUGUCCUCCGAGUAGUAAGAAAGACCAGGGCCGAACCAACCUUGGCCAUUUCAUCCCAUCGUUCGAGGACGACCCAAAGUCACGUUUCAUGGACGAGAUUGCCCACAUCACAGAAGCAGGCGGAGUGAGCUCGCCAAAGCAGAAGCGGCGAAAGACGAUAGGCCACGGGUCGUCAGCGGGUCACGCCUCGGACUCGGACGACGAUGACAACGCAAAGUUGGGAGAGGUGAACAAGGUCACUCCUGAUGAAUUUUGGGAACGGCUCUCCUUCCGUCAAGAAUGCAUAUCCGGCGUGGUCACCGCGUUCUUUGCAGUUGGGCUCUCUCCACGCGCAAAAACCACCGAGCGUCCUGCGCGCACGAACACGAGCACGAGCACGAGCACGGGCACAGCCCCCUCCCCACUCGCCCCGCAGCCGGGCCAGGUUUCGCCACGCAUGGUCCGGCGCGUCGUUGCGACGCUCCUAAACCACCAUGAUUUCUCCUCAACCGAGCGUGCUGUGCGUGCGACGGAGACGCUCGAGGAAGCGAUCAAGGGCCUCUGCGAAGACCUCGCGCCGGUGCCGACCUCGUCUAUGAUCACCGUCCGGCAUGCUGAUCGCUUGUCCACGCCCGAGCCGGGCCCGUCUCGGGUGACGCUGGAUGUUCCGGUGACGCCGCCGCGGCGGACGGGCGCGCGGCAGCAUGUCCCUGAUACCUCGCCGAACCCCUUUCCCGAGCCUGUUGCAUCCCUCGAGACGUACCACUCGUAUAUAUACGGCUCGGUGGCCGUAAGAAACCCCUUGCUGCCCGAAAAAUCUGAGGUGCGGUCUGGUAAUUCUGCCGUGAGUUCCUCAGGUGGUGCUGCGGCCCCGCCUGUUACCGUGCUCUCCGUACGUAAAAAGCGAAAGGCACCAUCUUGACCGCCUUGAACGCGCCGUCCUUGUCCUUAUUCUUGUAUCUCGCGGUCCGUUCUCGGUAAUUAGUAUCCCAUAUAUGGUGGUUGUUGUAUUCCUACUGCAGGUGGUCCUCGAGCAUGUGUGCUAGCGUGUAUGAACGGUUCUUGAGGACAAGGAUGCUCCCGUAAUUGUGCCUGAUUGAUGAUGUGCAAGAUGUGCGUUCCGCUUCUGACAUUUUAUGCCUGCUGGUGUGUGCAAACGUGCCUGUCCAGGCCCGCGGGCGGUGUAAUCAAGAGCAAAGGUGCCGGGCAGCACGGAACAUGAUACAGCACUCGUUCAGCUGGGUAAGUACAGAGGGUCAACGCUCAGUAGGCGUGGAUCGUCUUGUGGUGAUGAUUUGCGGU